GCCCCGCACCUGUCACGCCGGGGCUUGAAUAAGCGUGAGGUUCACGUCAAUACAUGGUCUGACCCUGCUGAGUGGUGUACAGUUUUGAAAUGUUUUAAGAGAGAAUCGCUAAAGAAUGUGAGAAGACUAUGGAAGAACUUGAGAGAAUCACUAAAGAACUUGAAUAUAGAAAACGUUUCAUAAAGCAGUGUCUGAAAGCAGCUCGAGGAUUUGCAGAAGACAUAGUUCUGGAUGAAGAUACUGCCCACCCUCAGCUCUUGGUGUCAGAGGGUGGGAAGCAUGUAGAAUGUUUGUCAGAGGAGCGAGCUGUUCCUGAAAGCCCUGGAAGAUUUACCUUUCUCCGAGCUGUGCUGGGUCGGAACAGCUUCUCCAGUGGGAGCCAUUACUGGGAGGUGGAUGUAGGAGGCAGUGAACGGUGGGCAGUGGGACUGUGCUCAGAGUCAGUUGACAGGAAGACCUAUUUUGUGAAUAUUCAUCCUGGGAACGGUUUUUGGAGCAUUAACAGGACUUCUCAUAAUUACCGGGCUCUUUACCUACACUGUCAUAAUUUUAGUGUUGUAGCGCCCCCCUCGGUCGUGGGCAUUUAUUUGCAGUAUGAGCAAGGACUGAUCUCUUUCUAUGAUGUGAAACAACUCACUGUACUCCAUACUUUCACAGGCAAGUUCUCUGGGCCCCUGAGGCCGUGUUUUCUUACUGGAUUUUGCACUCCAGGACAUUAUCCUGGCCUGUUCAUCCGCCCAGUGCCACCGCCACAGGCAUUGGUCCUCCCUAGAGCAACCUGAAGUAUGUUCCACAGGGCUCACCCCAUGAACCAGGACAGCACACCAGGCCCCAGCCAGGAUGCUGCGGGUUGGGGCUGGAGGCAUUUGCCUUCAAAGGCCCAGGCUGCUUCCCAGCUGUGUGGAAAAUUAUGUAUAAAGCCUGUUAUUUGCCUAUUUUUACUGAUCACUCAUGCAGCCUCACAUCCCCUUAAUACACUUCCCUUUUUCCCUGUCAGCUUUGAGAAAUGCAACUUCAUUCUAUUCUCCCUUUUUUGAGCAUCAGAUUUUGAAAAGAGCUGGCUGCUUCCCUCAGUAGACAUUGCUGUGUGUUC